AUCAUACACUCUUCUGCCGCCGCAACCUGGCCCUGAUGUGCCUUACAAAUCCAACAUCUCCAAUGUUUGUAGACGACCUAUGAGAAAGACAGACCCUGCUAUUCAGCUUCCACUCAAGGCGCCUUGAUUAGCACGUCGAAGAUAAUCAGGAAUUUGAUUCAGGAUGGAGCAUCUUCGGAUAUCGAGAGUUCCAAAUUCUUGCGUGCGGUGUCUGCAGACGACCUAUGAAUAGGAUAGAUCCUACUCUUCAGCAGCAGCAUGGAUCCGUGGGUUGUCGACCAAUCAUGUCUGGGCUGCAAGUGAUAUGGAGGCAUUCAGCUGUUGUUCGAUCGAAUGAGGACCAUGCAUUAAUUCUGCGAGCCAUCGAAUCCAAUCUUUCUUGUAAACGCAAAUCUGACGCAUCCCUCAACGCAAAGCUUAUUCGCCAUUAUCUGAAGAAUGACCAUCCUACCGCCAUCUGUAAUGUCUUGCCUUGGAGAGUGCUCUUUGCUUCUCCGCUAGGCCUUGGCUUGAGCAGAGAUGAUAUAGCUAGAGUCGCGCGGAUGAGCAUAGAUGCUGCAUUCUUGAGACCUCGUGAUGGAACUAGAUUUCAGUCUCGGGAUACUGGUCGUGUCACAAAGCAGGAUGGCACACCGUCAAACCUGUGA